AUGUGUGUGUGUGUGUGUGUGGGAACAAUAACUUCAGAAUGACACACGCUUCGCCCCACGUCAGUCACACCGGUCACAUUUCUCUUUCUCCAGCGGAGUGAAUCCUCUCGGCAGAGCAGGAUCUCCGUGCUGCUCAUGCCUGCUGCGCUCCGGGGGGACCAGGGAGGACCAGGGGAGGACACGGAGGAUGGACGGUGUGUCGCUGGGGCACUGCCUCUCAUGUCUCUCCAGUCUGGUGGCCACACCGGCCUCACCGCGUCCAAACUGCAACACGGACUCGGAGGAGGACACAAUGAAUGGAGGGAUGCACACCUUCAACCAGACGCAUAUGAGGAAAGCUUUCCAGCUGAUGAACGACCUGAGGAGUAAGAAGAUGCUGUGUGAUGUCCAGCUGAUUGCUGGCAGCGUUGAAGUGCCAGCUCACAGGGUGGUCCUGGCCUCCUGUAGCCCCUACUUUUGUGCCAUGUUUACAGGUGAUAUGAGUGAGAGCAAGGCCCAACAGGUGGAGAUCAGAGAGGUGGAUGGUCAAACCCUGAAAAAACUUGUUGAUUACAUCUACACUGCUGAGAUCGAGGUCACAGAAGACAACGUCCAGGUUCUGCUGCCAGCAGCGGGCCUCCUCCAGCUGAUGGACGUUCGUCAGGUUUGCUGCGAGUUCCUUCAAUCUCAGCUUCACUCCACCAACUGUCUGGGCAUCAGAGCCUUCGCUGACCUGCACACAUGCAUCCAGCUUCUCAACCAGUCCCACGCAUACGCUGAGCAGCAUUUCACAGACGUGGUGCAGGGUGAAGAGUUUCUGGGCCUGACUCUGCAGCAAGUGUGCAGCCUCAUCGCCAGUGACAAACUCACAGUCUCCACAGAGGAAAAGGUAUUUGAGGCCAUGAUAUCUUGGAUCAAGCACGAUAAGCCGGCACGUCUGGAGUACAUGCCCAAACUGAUGGAGCAUGUCAGACUUCCACUGCUGUCCAGGGAUUACCUGGUGCAGAUCGUGGAGGAAGAAGCUUUGAUAAAGAACAACAACACCUGUAAAGAUUUUCUUAUAGAAGCAAUGAAGUAUCACCUGCUGCCGGCCGACCAGCGGCACCUCAUCAAGACGGACCGGACCCGGCCGAGGACGCCGGUCAGCAUCCCCAAGGUGAUGAUUGUAGUCGGCGGUCAGGCUCCCAAGGCGAUUCGCAGUGUGGAGCGUUACGACUUCCAGGACGACCGCUGGUACCAAGUGGCCGACCUUCCAUCGAGGCGCUGUCGGGCAGGCGUUGUGUCGAUGGCCGGACGUGUGUUUGCAGUCGGGGGCUUUAACAGUUCCCUGCGCGAGAGGACGGUGGACGUGUACGACGGGGGAAGAGACCAGUGGAGUGCGGCAGCCAGUAUGCAGGAGAGACGCAGCACACUGGGAGCUGCUGUGUUGGCAGAUUUACUUUAUGCUGUGGGGGGCUUCAACGGAAGUAUAGGUUUGUCCACAGUCGAGGUUUACAACUAUAAAACCAACGAGUGGCUGUACGUCGCCUCCAUGAACACCAGACGCAGCAGUGUGGGGGUGGGGGUGGUCGACGGUAAGCUGUACGCAGUGGGAGGCUACGAUGGAGCGUCCCGUCAGUGUCUCAGUACUGUGGAAGAAUACGACCCCGUCACUGAUCAGUGGUGCUACGUCGCUGACAUGAGCACACGACGCAGUGGAGCAGGUGUGGGGGUGCUGGGCGGUCAGCUGUUUGCAGCCGGGGGGCACGACGGACCUCUGGUGAGGAAGAGUGUGGAGGUCUACGACCCACAGACCAACACCUGGAGGCUGGUGUGUGACAUGAACAUGUGUCGGAGAAACGCAGGCGUCUGUGCCAUCAACGGGCUGCUCUAUGUGAUCGGAGGAGACGACGGCUCCUGUAACCUGUCGUCUGUAGAGUUCUACAACCCGGCCACAGACAAGUGGAGCCUCAUUCCCACCAACAUGAGCAACGGACGGAGCUACGCAGGUGUCGCAGUGAUCGACAAGCCGUUAUGACGACAGUUGUCCCAGAGCCUCAGCAGCCGAGCGACUCAGAGCGACAUCUGAAACUCUCUGAAGUGACUCCGUGAUAACCUCGUCUGAGUCGCUCUCAGUCCUCGUCUGACACGACCUCGGCGGAUGUCGGGGAGUUUGGCCAUUUUCAUCACAGCCCCGAGAGAUCUCCAUCGUUGCACUGGAUCCGAAGCGAUACCCCAAGAGAGCGGGCGGGUGAGAGCAGGGUCUUAGUGAGAAGCUUCUGAAAUGCCAAGCACACGAGGAGCAGCUUCAUCAGCCGACUGAAGAACUCACUCAGACGCUGGAGGUCAGGAAGGAAACCUCGACUGGGGAGAGAAGCUCAAAGGUGUAAAUCCUUUGAAGGACGGAAUCAAACCUGAAAACUCAAACCACCAGCUGACGGAGACACCACCACCAACACCACCAACACCACCACCACCACCAACACCACCACCACCUCACUGUCUGAUCCACUCUGCUUCAGGCGAUUAAAGGUGCUGCAAGAACCAGGACGUGUGACGUGAUUGGCUGCUGAAGGAGCUUCCUGGAAACCUGAGCUCAUCAUGGGAGACAUUUUAUUUUUAAAUACGAGACUUGCCACAGUUCUUAUGAUGUAAACGAGCUCAAUGCAACUGGUUCCUCAGCUUGAGUUUGAGAUGUUCUUUGUGUUUCUGUUUGGAUUCCUGUGCCGUCCGCGGCUCCAGCUGUGGAACCAGAUGAAAUCCAGCUGCUGCCCCGACAGAUGUUCUCGACCUAAAGCUGCAAGAUGAUGUAAAGAAUGUUGAAAGCGUCUUAUAUGCAAAAUGAUCAUGUUUAAUAUUUUUGGAGAUUGUGUGAGAACCACUUCUGUGGCGUCGGACGCAGGCCGGUCGAUCCCAUCCAGGGCAGCGGGACUCGGUCUCUGUCGACUCACACUACUGAUGCACUUAACACUUGCACUGACGUCCGCCUGGAUCUCUGACCGCCUGUUUCUGACCGCUUGUCUCCGACCGCCUGGAUCUCCGACCUGCUGCCGUCAGAUCGUUGACUCGACCCUCAGAGGCCAACAACUUCACGAGAAAUGUGCCAGCGAUAACGUUUUUAUCGUUAAGCAACAAACUGAAAGGGUGAACUGUUCCUGUUCACUGUUUGAGAGUGUGUGUCAAAGUGCACUGUAGAAAUUCAGCUGUAAAAUUUUGAAUGGAAAAGAUGCAGGAUUUCAGAUUUUUCUAUUUAUUGUUUUGGUCUCAUUGUUUUCGAGAGCAUUUAUUGAGAUUUUGCAUUUCAUACCUCAUCCCGAUGUUGUCUGAUAAAGUUCAUUCAGAGGACAGGGGGUUUAUUUUAGAUGUAGUUUAUCUGGCAGACGGACCGACUGGUGCCAUAGCUGAAGAAAAGAGAUAGAAGCUUUUUGAUGCAACUUUUUUUUUUUCUGUCUAAAAAAUCUUCUGCAAAUCGAAGAGAAACUCGACCUGCUGCCAUUUCAAAAUCCUCCUGACGAAGAAGAAUAUAAAAUCUUUAAAGACUAAA